AUGAUGUGGUCAAGAUCGUCGGCUACGCACGUUGCAAGGGGCAUUGCUGCCCUGUUGGGUAGCUCCUUAAUCUUCCAUCUUGCAGAGUGCAGUUCUUCAUUGCUGCCGCGUGUGUUGGAGCCCUUGCCGUUGGGUUCGAUCUCGGCUGAAGGCUGGUUACACGAUCAGCUGCAAUUGAUGAGUGACGGCCUUGCGGGUCAUGAGCACGACUUUUACCUGUACGUGAGCAACAGCUCAUGGCUGGGCGGGACCUACGAGUAUAGCGAACUGAAUGAAGGGUUCCCCUAUUGGUUCAAUGGCCUUGUGCCCUUGGCAUAUACCUUGAAUGAUGAACGACUGAAAACCCAGGUCUUAGAGUCUGUGGACUAUGUGAUUUCGCACCAACAGGCAGAUGGCUGGCUUGGCCCAGAGACCAAUGUCAGUGCGCGCAAUAUCUGGGCUCGAUUUCCUUUCUUUUUAGGCUUAACGCAACUGGUUGAGGCCGAGAAUGGCACAGAUGUUGCCACACGCGUCUUGGACAGCAUGCACACAUUCGUGAAUCUGUUGUAUUCCAUGCUUGAAGACGAUUUACGUGGCUAUGUUUCUCAGACCUCCGCCCCUAUUGAUGAUCUAUGGCCUCGCGCCCGUGCGGCCGACAUGAUAGUGAGCCUGCAAUGGCUGUACGAGCAUGAUCCCAGGAACGAUACCAACGUAUUAUUUGGCUGCAUGGACCUGCUCUACGAAAAGGCAAGCAAUUGGUCUUCCUGGUAUGCCGACGACCUGUAUAUCAAGGGGGAUCUUGACGAUGUGCCCCUCAACAUCACCGAUUAUUAUUACGCGUACGAGCAUGGAGUAAACGUUGGCCAGGGCUAUAAAUUUGGCGCCGUUGUCUCACGCUUUACUGGCGAUGAGAGUAUUGCGGACUCGUCGCGCACGGCAGUCAACUGGACCUUGACAUAUCACGGCCAACCUUCAGGAGUCAUGAUCGCAGAUGAACGGUUAUCAGGCCUGAGCCCUGUUCGUGGCGUAGAGCUGUGUGCUGUGGUGGAAAGUCUUUAUUCACUGAACUAUCUCUACCAAACAUUGGGUGAUUCGGGCUUUGCAGACAACGCUGAGAGGGUCGCGUACAACGCUCUUCCUGUGAUGUUGGUACCAAACUGGUGGGCCCAUCAGUAUGUAGCCCAGACUAACCAGCCAGUAUCGCAUACUCUCACACAAUCUCCAUUCUAUAACGUGGAUGACGAAGGCCAGCAUUUUGGGCUCGCACCGAAUUACCCUUGCUGUACAGUCAACCAUCCACAGGGCUAUCCUAAAUUCGUUUCCAACUCCUAUGUUCGUGUGGGCGACAACGGAAUCGCACAGGCCUUGUUGGGCCCGACCUCGGUGAACACUACCACCAAUUCUGGGGUUGCUGUCAGCGUUUCAGUUGACUCGCUCUACCCAUUUGUUUAUGAGUUGACGUAUACUGUCCAAGCCAGCGACGCCUUUGACUUUUAUGUGCGAGUUCCCGGUUGGGCAACGGGAGCCAGCUUCAUUUCUAUAAACAGUGGGCCCAGCGCUGCAUUGGAAACCGAUUCAGGCACCUCACUGCAUCAUAUCUCAGUAGGGAAAGGCCAAACCACCAUCUAUUACUCCUUGACGGGUGAGAUCCGUGUGGCUGAUCGCGCGAACGACACUGUCUCUAUUUACCACGGGCCAUUCCUCUACACGAUUGCUCCUGGAGAGAACUACACCACCUAUAGCUCCAAUUAUCCUGAUGCACCCGCAGGCGCGGAAGAAUAUAACAUCUACCCAACAUCAACAUGGGCACUUGCUAUUGAUCCAUCGACGCUUGAGUACAAUGCGCCAAGUUCCGAUGCCACCUUGCCCAAUCCUAUUUGGUCUCUUAAUGCGCCGCCGGUGUCCAUCAGCGCAACUGUCUGUGAGAUUGCAUGGAACCUAACUUACGGUUAUGCACCAAACCCGCCGCUGAAGGGAGACAGAGAUUGCAUAGGAGACUCUUUCCAAACCAAAUUAGUACCAUAUGGAAGCGCGAAAUUGCACAUAGCCGAAAUUCCCACGGUGGACUUGUCAUAG